AUGGCGCAAGUACUUCUGGACCUCUUCUACUCGUUCGGGAAUUGUCUCAAUUGCUUUCCCGGAAACCCCAACCUCAAGAUCAACAACCGGAGCUUCAAGAUCUUAAGAUUACUUGGAGAGGGCGGCUUCUCUUACGUAUACCUUGUCGAAGAUACCUCAAGCCACGAACUUUUCGCACUUAAAAAGAUCCGAUGUCCCUUUGGCGCUGAAUCGGUACAGCAGGCCAUGCGUGAGGUUGAUGCCUAUCGGCUCUUCUCUCACGUUCCAACCAUCAUAUCCGCUGUCGACCAUUCCGUCGCAACCGAGCGCGGCGCCGACGAGGCGACAAAAACCGUUUACGUCCUUCUGCCAUACUACAAGCGCGGUAAUUUGCAGGACAUGAUCAACGCAAACUUGGUCAACCAUGAUCGGUUCCCUGAGCGUCGUCUCAUGUUGCUCUUCCUCGGAGUGUGCAAGGCUCUGCGUGCCAUGCAUGACUAUAAGCCUGCCGUGGAGCGCAUGCACAUGGGGCGGGAAGAGGAUGAGCUGAACCAUGGCGAGAGAAACAACACGCGAGGAAAGCGAACCGAGGAAGAAGAGGAGGGCGAGCAAGAAAGGGGUCUGCUAGAGGAGGAGAACCAAGUCAGUGGAGGCAGAUCUAUUCAACAUUACGCCCACAGAGAUAUCAAACCAGGCAACAUAAUGAUCGAUGACUCCGGCUCAACCCCGAUCCUCAUGGACUUAGGAUCCGUCGCUCCGUCGCCAAUUCCUGUUACAUCACAAUCUCUGGCCCUCCAGAUUCAAGACACGGCCGCUGAACAUUCAACCAUGCCUUACCGUGCCCCUGAGCUUUUUGAUGUUCAGACUAGCAUGGUAAUUGAUACAAAGGUUGAUAUUUGGUCCAUGGGCUGCACUCUCUACGCCUGCCUUGUCGGCAAGUCCCCCUUUGAGAUGCGCUCCGACGAGACCGGUGGUACUCUGUCUCUGUGUGUUCUAGGUGGCGAUUGGCGCUUCCCUGAUGAAGGACCUGCUGGCGUGAAGCGUUCUAACAGCAUGCGCCCUCAACAAGGACAACAGCAACAACGAGCACCAGCGGUUGAAAUCAGCGAGCCGAUUCGUGAUGUCGUCAGGAAGUGUCUGCGUGUUGAACCCGCUGAGCGACCGGAUAUUCACGAGUUAAUCGAAAUGGUUGAAGAAGUUAUCGAGGACCUUCCUGAUGACUCCCAUUAG